ACUUCAUAUAAACGUUUUAAUGUAUAUUUUCAAACAACGCGAGACUAGAGCAGUGGACUGGAGUCGUGGUCUGACGUCAUCCGAAAAUGGCUACUUCCUAAAAGGAUUUAUAAAAUACGAACACCCGAUACACACUUUCAACCAAACAUUAACAUUAUUAUAAAGGUUUGACCCCAUUGGGGAACUCGGAAGCAGUAAUGUCACAGCUGGCCCACAGCGAGCACCUGUUGGAGCAGCUGCGUUGGCAGCAGGAAAGCAACGUUCUGUGUGACAUUACGGUCGUCGUGGGCGACACGCUGUUCCGAGCGCACCGUAAUGUCCUGGCGGCGUUCAGCGGGUUCUUCUCCGCACUGCCUGACAGAGGUCACCUGGUCACAACCCUUAACCCGGAGUUUGUCAGUGAGCAGGCCCUGAACACCCUGCUGAAAUACAUCUAUUCUGGAGAACUACUCACUGACAGUGAUGGGUCGGAGGCCGUGCUAGGAGCGGCGGUGUUCCUGGGGAUGAGGGAGGCAGAGCGUCACCUGAUAGACAAGUCUGACAGCCAGCGGGAGAUGAGGAUAGAGUCAGCCUCACCUACCACCUCCCCCCAUUGCUUAGCUUCACCCCCCAGCCCAGAGGCGUUCAAGCCCUUGUCCUGCGUUUCUGGAGGGGGCUCGGUAGAGAGGGAGGAGGAAGAAGAGCGGGGAGAUCCAGAGUACACCCCUCCCUCCCCAAGCCCCCCAACAUCCCCCCGAAGAGGAGCAAGGAAAAGAAAGGGAAGAAAGCCAAAGGCCACACCUCGAAACCAAACCUUGCCUAGCAACCCAACAUCACCUAGCCAUGACGACACCCAAGAUGACGCAACAGUCCCCCAGCCUCAGAGGGGCAGGGGGAGAGGAAGGGGGAGGGGAAGGGGGAGAGGAGGAGGAAUGAGGAGGGAUCUGUCGUUGAAGGUGUCAGACCUUCAGAUCGUUGAGGGGAAUGAGACAGACCUCAGCCCUUCAUCAUUGAAACCUGUCAAGAGGCAAAGGAGGAGCAGUGGAGAGAGGAGAGGAAAGAAGAGAGGGAGAGGCAGAGGAAGAGGGAAACUGAAGGAGAGCCGAUCGAGCGAUGGAGAGGGGGAUGAGUGGAAGGCUGGGUUGAAGAACCAACAGGUGAAAGAGAAGCCAGUGUGUGCUGAGUGUAACAAAGAGUUCUCUGAGAUCAGUAGCCUGAGGAGACACAUGAGGAUCCAUAAAGGAGUGAAACCUUUCCAGUGUCUCUUCUGUUCCCGAGCUUUCACACAGGGAAACCAGCUCAAGACUCACCUCCGUAUACACACAGGAGAGAAGCCGUUUGCAUGUUCUCAGUGUGACAAGGGUUUUGCCCAGAAGUGUCAGUUGGUGGCUCACUGUCGAAUGUACCACGGAGAAGAGAAACCUUACACCUGUGAACAAUGUGGGCUGCAGUUCGCUACCUCAUCUAACUACAAGAUACACUGCAGGAAGCACAGUGGAGAGAAGCCGUAUGUGUGUGAACAGUGUGGGAAGGGUUUUGCCCAGGCCAGCACUCUGACCUAUCACAUGAGGAUCCACACAGGAGAGAAACCUUACCAAUGUGACGAUUGUGGGAUGGCCUUCUCUGUCUCCUCCUCUCUCAUCACACACAAACGCAAACACACAGGUGAAGCUCCACACGAGUGUCUGGUGUGUCAGAAGGCCUUCAUUACCAAACGAGAACUCAACAAACACUCCCGCAUCCACAACGGUGGAGACUCAGCUGUUAAGCAGCGUGUGACAUGUGAGCUGUGUGGAAACACCUACGCUGGCCUGAGCAGCCUGAAGAAACACCAAGAGAGACAACACUUAGUUCCAAUGGCGGUUCCAGAAUGGGUUCUCCUCCACAACAUUCCUAUCGACCACCAGGGGCUAAUCUCCCGCGAUGCGCCCAGCCCCAUGCACGAGGAGCCAGGCAACCCUGACCCCGAGGAGCCAGGCAACCCUGACCCCGAGGAGCCAGGCAACCCUGACCCCGAGGAGCCAGGCAACCCUGACCCCGAGGAGCCAGGCAACACUGACCCCGAGGAGCCAGGCAACACUGACCCCGAGGAGCCAGGCAACCCUGACCCCGAGGAGCCAGGCAACCCUGACCUCGAGGAGCCAGACAACCCUGAACCAACGACCCCUAACUUGAGCCCAAACCCUCUCAGUGUUCUAGUAGAACAGUUGCGUACAUCUUCCUCCAACUUCUCUUCCUCACUCUCCCACUGUGAUCCAGCCUACCCUGUCGAAGACAUGGAGCAGAUCAUCAUCAUUAGAACUUUGGACAAUGACCCCUGACCUGACCCCUGACUCAACCACCUCUGACCCCCUCACCCAGAUCCUAACAUAACUCUCUCAGGCUUGGAGUGGAUCCAACCUUUUUGAAUGGAUCAACGGGACCUACAGGAUCCAAUAUGAAUCAGCUGUAGUGUCAGAUAUAGAACUGUGAAUAGUGUGGAUGUUGACAAAUCAUAUAUGUAAUUACAUUUACAUUUUAGUAAUGUAGCAGACGCUCUCAUCCACAGCGACUUACAGUAGUGAGUGCACAACUUUUUGUAAUUCACUCCAUCUUUUAAUGAAAUUAACUCAUUCAGAUCUAAACAUUUUAUUUUAUUGUAUGUUUGAAAUGUUUAUUACUAGAGAUAAUCACUGAGGACCUACCCACAGAACAGCCAGGCUCACCAUCUCCUGGCUUUGCAUUUCUCUACACAUCCUGAAUCGUCCUCUGUUCAAUGUUCCGGUUUUAAUCCCACGUCUCAGUAACAUAGGGUUUAAUGUCUUAUGGAAUCGAGAGGUAGUAUUGAGAUGGAUGGAUAUUUAUGAAAAGUCAAGGUUAUUAAUUCAACAGCUCUAUUCUUUAUUCACACACCUUGAUUUUCCCCCCCAAAAUUGGUGUUACAAAGUGGGAUUAAAAUGGAUUUAAUUGUAAUUUUGUGUCAAUGAUCUACACAACAUACUCUGUAAUGUCAAAUUGGAAAAAACAUUCUAAGAUGAGUAAAAAAAUAUAUAUAUGUCAAAAAUACAACACUUACAGUUGAAGUCGGACGUUUACAUACACUUAGGUUGGAGUCAUUUUUCAACCGCUCCACAAAUUUCUUGUUAACAAACUAUAGUUUUAGCAAGUCGGUUAGGACAUUUGCUUUGUGCAUGACACACGUAAUUUUUCCAACAAUUGUUUACAGACAUUAUAAUUCACUGCAUCACUUAUAAUUUACUGUAUCACAAUUCCAAUGGGUCAGAAGUUUACAUACAAAGUUGACUGUGCUGUUAAACAGCUUGGAAAAUUUCAGAAAAUUAUGUUAUGGUUUUAGAAGCUUCUAAUAGACUAAUUGACAUAAUUUGAGUCAAUUGGAGGUGUACCUGUGGAUGUAUUUCAACGCAUACCUUCAUACUCAGUGCCUCUUUGCUUGACAUCAUGGAAAAAAUCUAAAGAAAUCAGCCAAGACUUCAUAAAACAUUUUGUAGACCUCUACAAGUCUGCUUACCAAACGGCUGAAGGUACCACGUUCAUCUGUACACCGUGGGACCACGCAGCCGUCAUACCGCUCAGGAAGGAGAUGCGUUCUGUCUCCAAGAGAUGAACGUACUUUGGUGCGAAAAGUGCAAAUCAAUUCCAGAACAACAGCAAAGGACAUUGUGAAGAUGCUGGAGGAAACAGGUAUAAAAGUAUAUCCACAGUAAAACGAGUCCUAUAUCGACAUAACCUGAAAGGCCGCUCAGCAAGGAAGAAGCCACUGCACCAAAACUUCCAUAAAAAGACUGGUGCACUUCACAAAAUAGAUGGCAUCAUGAGGGAGGAUAAGUAUGUGGAUAUAUUGAAGCAAUGUCUCAAGACAUCAGUCAGGAAGUUAAAGCUUGGUCGCAAAUGAGUCUUCCAAAUGGACAAUGACCCCAAGUAUACUUCCAAAGUUGUGGCAAAAUGGCUUAAGGACAACAAAGUCAAUGUAUUGGAGUGGCCUAACAAAGCCCUGACCUCAAUCCUAUAGCAAAUUUGUCGGCAGAACAGAAAGAGUGUACGAGCAAGGAGGCCUACAAACCUGACUCAAUUACACCAGCUCUGUCAGGAGGAAUGAGCCAAAAUUCACCCAACUUACUGUGGGAAUCUUGUGGAAGGCUACAAUAAACAUUUGACCCAAGUUAAACUAUUUAAAGGCAAUGCUACCAAAUACUAAUUGAGAGUAUGUAAACAUCUGACCCACUGGGAAUGUGAUGAAAUAAAUAAAUGCUGAAAUAAAUAAUUCUCUAUUAUUCUGGCAUUUCACAUUCUUAAAAAAAGUGGUGAUCCUAACUGACCUAAGACGGGGAAUUGUUACUGAUUAAAUGUCAGGAAUUGUUAAAAAAAACAGAGUUUAAAUGUAUUUGGCUAAGGUGUAUGUAAACUUCCGACUUCAACUAUAUAUAACUUGAUUAGAUAAGUAUUACAACCCCUGAGUCAAUACAUAUUAGAAUCCCCUUUAGCAGUGAUUACAGCUGUGAAUCUUUCUGGGUAAGUCUCUAUGAGCUUUGCACACUUGAAUAGUACAAUAUUUGCAAAUUAUUUUCAAAAUUCUUCAAGCUCUGACAAAUUGGUUGUUGAUCAUUGCUAGCAAUGUCAUAGACUUACAAACCGAUUUAAGUGAAAACUGUAACUAGGCCACUCAGGAACAUUGUCUCGGUAAGCAACUCCAGUGUAAACUCAGCAAAAAAAGAAACAUCCCUUUUUCAGGACCCUGUCUUUCAAAGAUAAUUCGUAAAAAUCCAAAUAACUUCACAGAUCUUAAUUGUAAAGGGUUUCAUAAACACUGUUUCCCAUGCUUGUACAAUGAACCAUAAACAAUUAAUGAACAUUCACUUGUGGAACGGUCAUUAAGACACUAACAGCUUACAGACGGUAGGCAAUUAAGGUCACAGUUAUGAAAACUUAGGACACUAAAGAGGCCUUUCUACUGACUCUGAAAAACACCAAAAGAAAGAUGCCCGGGGUCCCUGCUCAUCUGCGUGAACGUGCCUUCGGCAUGCUGAGGACUGCAAAUGUGGCCAGGGCAAUAAAUUGCAAUGUUCGUACUGUGAGACGCCUAAGACAGCCUACAGGGAGAAAGGACGGACAGCUGUGUAACCACGUGGAACAACACCUGCACAGGAUCGGUACAUUCGAACAUCACACCUGCGGGACAGGUACAGGAUGGCAACAACAACUGCCCGAGUUACACCAGGAAUGCACAAUCCCUCCAUCAGUGCUCAGACUGUCCGCAAUAGGCUGAGAGUAAGGGGGCUUGUAGGCCUGUUGUAAGGCAGGUCCUCACCAGACAUCACCGGCAACAACUUCGCCUAUGGGCACAAACCCACCAUCACUGGACCAGACAGGACUGGUAAAAGUGCUCUUCUCUGACGAGUUGCGGUUUUGUCUCACGAGGGGUGAUGGUCGUUUUCACGUUUAUCGUCGAAGGAAUGAGUGUUACACCGAGGCCUGUACUCUGGAGCGGGUUCGAUUUGGAGGUGGAGAGUCCGUCAUGGUCUGGGGCGGUGUGUCAGAGAAUCAUCUGACUGAGCUUGUUGUCAUUGCAGGCAAUCUCAACGCUGUGCAUUACAGAGAAGACAUCCUCCUCCCUCGUGGUACCCUUCCUGCAGGCUCAUCCUGACAUGACCCUCCAGUAUAACAAUGCCACCAGCCUUACUGCUCGUUCUGUGCGUGAUUUCCUGCAAGACAGGAAUGUCAGUGUUCUGCCAUGGCCAGCUAAGAGCCUGGAUCUCAAUCCCAUUGAGCACGUCUGGGACCUGUUGGAUCAGAGGGUGAGGGCUAGGGCCAUUCCAGCAGGAAAUGUCCAGGAGCUUUCAAGUGCCUUGGUGGAAGAAUGGGGUAACAUCUCACAGCAAGAACUGGCAAAUCUGGUGCAGUCCAUGAGGAGGAGAUGCACUGCAGUACUUAAUACAGCUGGUGGCCACACACCAGAUAUUGACGGUUACUUUUGAUUUUGACCCCCCCCCCUUCGUUCAGGGACACAUUAUUCCAUUUAUGUUAGUCACAUGUCUGGAACUUGUUCAGUUUAUGUCUCAGUUGUUGAAUCUUGUUUAUGUUCAAACAAAUAUUUACACAUUUAGUUUGCUGAAAAUAAACGCAGUUGACGGUGA